GUAGAUAGAAACAGAAUAUGCGAUUGAAGUCCAUUUUGAUACUUUGAAGAAACCCUCUCCUUUUCCAUCUUCUUUCGGUUUUCCUUACUAUUCCAUCAGUUUCUUCUGUUUGGUUGCUCAGAAAACGAAGAUUUUCAAGUUGCUGGCUGCACUCUUGUUAAUGCUGGUGACUUUUCAAAGCUAAUUCUUCUAGGAAGUGCAGUUCCUAGACCUUGAAAUUCAGCUGGACUCUUUGGUUUAGUUCAUUUGCAGGAAUUUUCGGGUACUUGUGGGGAAGAGCUAGAUAUGGCUCAUUUGCUUUCAACUUCUUGUUCUCUGAAAAUAACCUCCUGUAGGAAGCCUCACUCCAAACAAUUGAAUGAAAGCUCAAAUGCAUUUCCUGCAUAUUUUUCUUUAAAGACCACCAAGGAUUUGUACUGUCCAUUUGGGAGUUUUGUUGUGCAACGAGGGAAACAACGAAGGAUUUGUACUGUCCGUGCGACGACUCUGCCUUUAGAUCAAGAAGCUCCAACACAACCUGGCUCUGUCUUUCAUCAAAACUCCAAUGGACCAUCUCCGCCAAAGCGGGUGAUGGUCAUUGGUGGAGAUGGCUACUGUGGUUGGGCCACUGCCCUCCACCUAUCCAACAAGAAUUACGAAGUUGCCAUUGUUGACAACCUAGUGCGCCGCCUCUUUGACCAUCAGCUUGGUCUUGAUUCCCUGACUCCUAUUUCUUCCAUCCACAACCGCAUUCGGAGAUGGAAAUCUCUCACUGGAAAAUCCAUCCAGCUCUACAUUGGUGAUAUAUGUGACUUUGAGUUCUUAUCAGAAAGCUUUAAGUCAUUUGAGCCUGAUGCAGUUGUUCAUUUUGGGGAACAGAGGUCUGCCCCAUACUCCAUGAUUGAUCGGUCAAGAGCUGUGUUCACUCAGCACAAUAAUGUGAUAGGAACGCUCAAUGUUCUUUUUGCUAUCAAGGAGUUCAGAGAGCAGUGUCAUCUAGUGAAGCUUGGCACAAUGGGAGAAUAUGGAACUCCAAACAUUGAUAUUGAAGAGGGUUACAUAACUAUUACUCAUAAUGGAAGAACAGAUACUUUGCCUUAUCCCAAGCAAGCCAGUUCUUUCUAUCAUCUGAGCAAGGUCCAUGAUUCGAACAACAUAGCUUUUACUUGCAAGGCUUGGGGGAUAAGAGCCACCGAUCUGAAUCAAGGAGUAGUUUAUGGGGUGAGGACAGACGAGACUGAAAUGCAUGAGGAGCUCUGUAAUAGGUUUGAUUAUGAUGGUGUGUUUGGAACUGCACUUAACCGAUUUUGUGUUCAGGCUGCUGUUGGACAUCCACUUACUGUGUAUGGCAAAGGGGGCCAGACCAGGGGAUACCUUGACAUAAGAGAUACAGUUCAAUGUGUUGAGCUUGCCAUUGCAAACCCAGCACAGCGAGGCGAGUUUCGGGUCUUCAAUCAAUUUACAGAGCAAUUUUCUGUCAAUGAUCUUGCCACCCUUGUUACAAAAGCAGGGAAAAAGCUCGGGCUUGAUGUGCAAACCAUAUCUGUGCCCAACCCUAGGGUAGAAGCAGAGGAGCAUUACUACAACGCCAAGCACACUAAGCUCAUUGAGUUGGGAUUGAAACCACAUCUUCUUUCCGACUCUCUUCUGGAUUCAUUGCUCAACUUUGCUGUCAAGUUCAAGGAUCGUGUUGACACAAAACAGAUCAUGCCCAGCGUUUCUUGGAGAAAGAUUGGUGUCAAGCCAAAGACCGUUUCUGCUUGAUAAAAUAUACAGGAUAGAUAGCUAGAGAGGGAUACAAUUUUAUCCUAAUCAAUGGACUUCAUCAAGAAAGAUUGCUUUUUUUAGGCCAAGAGGUUGAGAGCGAGAUCUCGAAUCAACUUGUUGGUCUUAUGAUGUAUCUCAAUAUAGAGGAUGAAAACAAAGAUCUGUAUUUUGUUAUAAAUUCUCCUGGGGAAUGGGUACUACCUGGAAUAGCUAUUUAUGAUAAUAUACAAUUUGUGCCAUCAGAGUUAUGUACAAUAUGCUUGGGAUUAGCCGUUUCAAUGGGAUCUUUUAUCUUGGUCGGAGUGAAAGUUGUCAUCAA